GCUUUGUAUUGAUAACACAAACAAUUACUUUCAAGUACACAUACCAAAAGUUUAGACAGACAAAAUGGAGACGCUCAUUGGGAGGACGUUACAGUUCCAAUCCUUCCAUUCUUCAGUAGAUGCGAUCUUUUGGCAUCAACUGAGCAAUCACAAAGUGGAACAACAGAAGCUGGACGCGUCACCAGUUGCUAUUCAUGGACGUUUCAAUGCAUAUUCACGAAGUGCAAUCUCUAUCGUAUUUGGUAAAGCAUCUGAAAAUAGCACCAUCAAAGAAUGCAUUGCUGAAGGUACUUUAAUCAACGCAAACACACAGCAAGAGUUUGUUGAGGCUGAUGUGAAAAAAUUACGUGAAAGCAUGGGAAAGAAACUGUUGGAAUCCAUUGAGAUGGACACAGUGGCCGAAAAGCCUAAUGAACUGAUUCAAUUCUUACUUUUUUCAUAUGCAGACAUAAAAUCUUAUCGGUACCAUUACUGGUGCCUAUUUCCGUCUUUAAAAAAUACACCAUUUUGGAUCGUCAAGAGUUCCCAUCCUGCAGAAUCAGUCAUUCCUUCUAAUGUCGUCUUGCCUAAAAUAUUAGACUUUUUGAAAACAUCAGAUUAUACUCAAAGACCUUUUUUCAUUGUGACGAAGGACCUGAAAGCUCAAUGGGUUGUUCUUCCUCUUAAAGAGUUACCAAGGUGCAUCAGUGAUAAAUUAGAUUUUUUUAUUUUCGCCGAAGAUUCAUUUCAACUACAAGAAUACCCUUCCUGGCCGACACGGAAUCUUCUUGCUUAUCUUUCAAUCAAACACCAUUUAGAAAAAACAAAAAUAAUUAUUUUUCGAGAUGGAAUAACUUCAAAUAACUUAUCUCGAAGCGUCUUCUUAGACUUAGUGAGUCGGAAGAGUCAAGAUUCCUCUAAACAAUUAUCCACUGUAGGUUGGGAGCGAAAUGGAAUGGGUCAGUUAGGGCCAAAGGUGGUCAAUUUGUCUUCCUUGAUAGAUCCUGUGUUACUUUCUGAAUCAGCGUCAAUGCUGAACUUGAGCUUAAUGCGAUGGAGACUCGUACCACAACUUGACCUUGGCAUCAUUCAGAGUACUAAGUGUCUUCUCCUUGGAGCUGGAACGUUGGGUUGUGGCGUUGCAAGGAAUCUUGUGUCUUGGGGAGUUCGACACAUCACCUUUGUUGACUAUUCAAAUGUGGCUUAUUCCAAUCCCGUAAGACAAUCACUAUUCACAUUUGAAGAUUGCAAAAAAAAACAGCCUAAAGCUCAGUGUGCAGCGUCAAGGCUAAAAGAAAUUUAUCCUAAAAUGUUUACUGAAGGGCAUUCAAUAAGUAUUCCCAUGCUAGGACACCCAAUAUACGAGUCUGAUAUUGAAAAAACUAAGAGAGAUUAUCAAAAGUUAGAAACCCUUUUUUCGAGUCACGAUGCUAUUUUCUUAUUGACAGAUACGAGGGAAUCACGCUGGCUUCCAACGGUCAUGGCAACAUCAAUGAACAAGAUUUUAAUUAAUUCGGCGCUAGGAUUUGAUAGCUGGGUUGUUAUGAGACAUGGUAGCUUGUCACAAGGAGAAAAUCGCCUUGGUUGCUAUUUUUGCAAUGAUGUAUUUGCUCCAUCCAAUUCUGUGGUUGAUAGAACCUUGGAUCAAACGUGUACAGUAACACGCGCAGGAUGCACCAACAUUGCAACUGCAAUAGCUGUAGAACUGUUUGUUAGUCUGCUACAGCAUCCCAAUGGUGUCGCUGCCCCUGUCUCCAACACGGAAACUACGGUCUUGGGCGAAUUGCCUCAUCAAAUUCGUGGUUUCCUGCAUGACUUUAGUUUACUGAAGAUAUCUGGUAAGGCCUACCAGCAAUGUUCCGCUUGUAGCGAGUAUGUAAUAAGUGAAUGGGAGAAACGAAAGUGGGAUUUUGUUUUACAGGCUAUUAAUGAUUGCAAUUACAUUGAAGAACUGUGUGGUCUACGACUGGUGCAGCAACUUGGCGAAAGCGCAGGGAUCAUGGAGGAAUGGGAUAGCGACAACGAGAGUCUAGUAACAUAAGACAUAAGAGCAUGUAUUCAUGAUGAUUUCUUAACGAUUAAUUUAAUGAAAUGAAAAGCAAUCACAAUAAAGUA